ACAAGAAAGAAAUAGUAUCAGCAUAGUAUCAGAAGAUGGAUUUUUUCAAUCAAGCUAAAGCCGUAAGGAUGCGUAACGUCCAUGAAAAGUAUCUAACGGCGGACGAAGACGAGGAAACGGUGACACAAGACAGGAAUGGUUCCGACAAGAGAGCUAGAUGGAUUGUUGAGCCGGUUCGUGGUUCCUUUGAAGUAAUCCGUUUGAGGAGUUGCUACGGUAACUACCUCACGGCUUCGAACGAGCGGUUCUUGCUCGGUGCCACUGGACGUAAAGUGGUCUUGUCUAAACCGGCUCGACUCGACUCGUCCGUCGAGUGGGAACCGGUUAGAGAAGGUUCCAAAAUGAAGCUUAAGACGAGAUACGGCAACUUGCUUCGAGCCAACGGUGGACUUCCUCCGUGGCGUAACUCUGUCACGCAUGACACUCCUCAUGUAUCGGACUCCUUCUUGUGGGAUGUUGAUGUGGUUGAGAUUUUGGUGGGAACAGCCACUCCGGCUCCGGCUCCAGCUCCAGCUCCAGCUCCAGCUCCGGUGACAACUCCGCCGCCACAUAGGAGACCGUCGUACUCGUAUUCUCCGGUUUCUAGAACAUCUUCAGAAAAAUCCGAAGAAGAGUUGACCGUGCCGCCGCCGAAAUCUGAAGGGAGGACUAUAUACUACCACAUCGCGGACGAAGAAGGACACGUGGAGGAAGAAUCAGCCGUUGGAUACGCUUUGACUUUCAAAGGAAAUAGCGUGGAACAGUUGACGCAGGCGUUGCAAGAAGAGACUAGUAUGGAUGAUGUUGUGGUGUGUACACGCAAUCCUUUAAACGGCAAGCUGUUUCCUCUUCGUUUGCAACUUCCACCAAAUAGUGGAACAAUGCAUGUCGUUCUAGUACCCUCAGGUACUUCUUAAACGGCAAGCUGUGUGGUUUCCCUUUGUUUCGAAUGUAUUUUAGUAGUGGUCGAAGUAUUAGAGGCUCAAGAUUGAGGGUUUGGUCCUUGUUUCCAUUAGAUAAGAGUGUUAAAUUUAAUCAUAGAAAAUUUAGAUAGACUGUUAUUGUGGAUUGAUGUAAUCUUUCAUUUUUUUGUACAUAAGCUUAUUUUGUAAACGAAGCAUUUAAGUUUCACCCUCCCAUUUUUUAUGUGAAUUCACGGCAUCAAGAAUUGAUUGUAUUAUAAAAGAUUUUUUUUCUU